GAGCCGGAGCAGCGACGGAGCCCGAGCGCGCGCGGCCGCCUCUGUGUUGAGCGUCGCGGCGGGAUGCUCGGCAAAGGCGUGGUGGGCGGCGGCGGCGGCGCGAGGGCGCCCAAGCCGUCCUUCGUGUCGUACGUCCGUCCCGAGGAAAUCCACGCAAACGAAAAGGAAGCUACUGAGAGGGAAGUGACUCUCCACUUGUUGCCAGGUGAGCAGCUUCUUUGUGAAGCCAGCACGGUGCUCAAGUACGUGCAGGAGGACACCGGCCAGCGUGGCAUCUACGGGAGACUCGUCUGUACAGACUUCAAGAUCGCCUUCCUGGGCGACGAGCCUGCCCUGGAUAACGAUGAAAUCCAGUUUAAGAACAAAGUCAUCGGAGAAAAUGACAUCACACUGCCCUGUGUUGACCAGAUCUAUGGGGUGUUCGAUGAGAAGAAGAAAGCCCUGUCCGGACAGCUCAAGAAGUACCCUGAGAAACUCAUCAUCCACUGCAAAGACCUCCGCGUUUUCCACUUCUGUCUGAGGUACACAAAAGAAGAGGAAGUCAAAAGGAUUGUGAGUGGCAUAAUUCAUCACACCCAAUCUCCUAAACUACUUAAACGAUUGUUUCUAUUCUCCUACGCAGCCGCUGCUCCAGCCAACCCAGUAGCUAACUCUGAGAAGCGCACCUUGAUGUUCGACUCGCUUGAGGACUGGUGCUGGGAACUAGAGCGGACCAAAGGCAACGUCAAGUACAAGGCCAUGAGUGUGAACGAAGGCUACAGAGUUUGUGAGAGGUUGCCAGCCUCCUUUGUGGUGCCCAUCUCCCUGUCUGAAGAGGAAGUACCACGCUUUCAGGGUCACGGCAUACCAAUCUGGUGCUGGUCCUGCCACAAUGGGUGUGCCCUUUUGAAGAUGUCCGCGUUGCCCAAAGAACAGGACGACGGCCUUUUGCAAAUCCAAAAGAGCUUCCUGGAUGGGAUUUACAGAAGCAUCCACAGGCCACCCUAUGAACUAGUGAAGACAGAAGAUCUUUCAAGCAGCUUCCUAUCACUGCAGGAGAUCCAGACUGCAUACUCAAAAUUUAAGCAGCUCUUCCUUAUAGAUAAUAGUACUGAAUUUUGGGACACAGAUAUAAAAUGGUUCUCGCUCUUGGAAAGUAGCAGUUGGCUGGACAUUAUCAGACGUUGCCUGAAAAAAGCAAUAGAGGUUGUAGAAUGUCUUGAAGCACAGAGCAUGAACAUUCUUCUUUUAGAGGAGAACGCGUCCGACCUCUGCUGCCUCGUGUCCUCGCUGGUGCAAGUGAUGAUGGACCCCCACUGCCGGACCACAGCGGGCUUCCAGAGCCUCAUCCAGAAGGAGUGGGUCGUGGGCGGCCACUGCUUCCUGGACCGCUGCAACCACCUGCGGCAGAGUGACAAAGAUGAGGUGCCCGUGUUCCUGCUCUUCCUAGACUGUGUGUGGCAGCUACAACAGCAGCACAGCCCCGCCUUCGAGUUCACAGAGACCUACCUCACUGUGCUGUCCGACAGCCUCUACCUUCCCAUCUUCAGCACCUUCUUCUUCAACUCCCAGCAGCAGAGAGACGCCCACCUGGGUAGGGAAAGCCAGGAGCCCUGGCGCAGGUCGUGGUCGCUGCUCACCGUAUGGGACUGGUCUGUGCAAUUUGAGCCCAAAGCCCAGAUGCUACUCAGAAACCCUCUGUACGUGCAGAGGCCGAAGCUGGACAAGACUCCACGGAAAGGAUCCCGGUGCAAACACCAUCGUCAACUCUCCCUGCCACUCACUCCACCCAAGUCAUCUCCCAAGAGAGGCUUCUUCCGGGAGGAAACCGACCACCUGAUCAAGAACCUUCUGGGCAAAAGAAUCAGCAAACUGAUGGCGUCGGAUGAGCCGCAGGACUCGUGGCGGGAUUUCUAUGAGCGCUGGCACAGCCGACCUGCCGACCCCCACGGCCUGCUCUUGCCAAGGGUUGAGGGCCCCGCUGUGUGCGUGUGGGCCCAGCGCUACCUGCGCUGGAUUCCUGAGGCCCAGAUAGUGGGCGGCGGCCCUGCAGCCACCAUGCGCAAACUGUUGGAAGUGAUGGAGCAGGUGCAGAGCUUGCAGGAGAAAGUGGCCGAGAGACAUCCCAGCUGUGAAGGGCUGCAGGCUGAGGGCCCAUGCCUGCUGCGGAACUCGGCCCGCCUGUCCUCCCUGUUCCCCUUUGCCCUGCUGCAGCGCCACUCCUCCAAGCCCGUCUUGCCCACCAGCGGCUGGAAAUCCCUGGGCGACGAGGACGACUGGGCCAAGCGAGAGGAUGAGUUCGUGGACCUGGGGGACGUGUGAUCGGGCCUGUCAGGGGUGUGGACAUGGCGGGCAAGCCAGAGGAGGGCCUCUCGGAUCCCUGCCCACUCUUCGCCGAGGGGCUCAGUAGGGCCAACGCAUGGAAGCAUCACUUGGGCCUGCACUGCUGGCUCUGCAGGGCAGACCAGUGCUGAGAUUCUGCAUUGGGUU